AUGAAUAAGAAAAAGAAUGCUCAGAAAAUUCUUCAAUAUUUUCCUUUGAAGGCCAGACUUAAGCGAUUGUUUAUUGCCAAACAUACAGCAAAAGAUAUGAGAUGGCAUAAAGAAAAGAGGGUUGAAACAGAUGGUGUAUUAAGACAUCCAGCAGAUAGUAAAUCAUGGAAAGAAUUUGACACUUCGCAUGAAAUAUUUGCUAGUGAUCCACGAAAUAUUCAUUUAGGGUUGGCUACUGAUGGUUUUAAUCCAUUUGGAAACAUGUCAAAUGCUUAUAGUAUGUGGCCUGUUAUACUUGUGAAUUAUAAUUUACCACCAUGGAAAAUGAUGAAGCCAUCAUAUUUGAUAAUGUCUCUUUUAAUUCCUGGUCCUAAAUCACCUGGGAAAGAGAUAGAUGUGUACUUACGACCUUUGAUCAAUGAACUGAAGGAGCUAUGGGAUGAUGGGGUGGAAGCAUAUGUUGCAUCGACUAAACAAGUAUUUCAAUUGCACGCUGCUGUGAUGUGGACCAUUCAUGACUUUCCAGCAUAUGGAACAGUAUCUGGAUGGAGCACAAAGGGUUAUAAAGCAUGUCCAGUAUGUCUUAAUGAAACUAAAUCUCAAAGAUUACGGAGUAAAAUAUGCUAUACAUGCCACCGUCGAUUUUUGAAUGCGCAACACCCAUGGCGUAGAAAUAAGAAUUUCAAUGGAAAGGUUGAACAAGAAGGACCACCAGGAAGACUUAAUGGUUAUGAGAUUUUAGCACAGUUAAAUGCAUUACCCCAAGUGACAUUCAGUAAGGAUCCUACAUUAAGUAAAAAGCGGCAGCGAUCUUUGGAUGAAACAAAUUGGGUAAAAAAGUCUAUAUUUUUUGAGUUAAAGUAUUGGCCAGAUUUAAAGUUGAGACACAAUUUAGAUGUUAUGCACAUCGAAAAAAACAUAUGCGAUGCUUUGGUUGGCACAUUAUUUAAUAUAGAUGGAAAGUCAAAAGAUACAUUUAAAGCAAGGUUAGACUUGCAGGAUAUGGGAAUUAGAAGUGAAUUACAUUUAAAGAAAGUUGGAGACAAAUUUAGUAAACCAUAUGCAAGUUACACAUUGACAUUAGAAGAAAGAUAUGAAUUUUGUCAAUUUUUAAAAUCCGUAAAGUUUCCUGAUGGAUAUGCUGCUAAUAUAUCUAGAAAUGUGAAUGCAAAUGAUGGAAAGUUACAUGGACUAAAAUCACAUGAUUAUCAUGUCUUGUUGCAAAGAAUACUUCCAGUGGCUAUACGAAAAUUCUUUCCAAAAGACAUAUGUGGCACACUAAUUGAGUUAUGUGAUUUUUUCAAAAAGAUAACUGCAAGAUCUUUACACUUAGUGGACUUAUGUAAAAUGGAGGAGGAAAUAGUGAUCAUAUUAUGUAAGAUGGAACAAAUAUUUCCUCCAGCAUUUUUUGACAUUAUGGUUCAUUUGGCAGUUCAUUUACCCCGUGAAGCCAUGCUAGCUGGACCUGUUUCUUCACGAUGGAUGUAUCCCUUUGAACGAUAUUUGGGCAGACUAAAAAAGUAUGUUCGUAAUAAAGCAAGGCCUGAAGGAUCUAUUGCAGAAGGGUAUAUUGUAAAUGAGGCAUUGACUUUCAGUUCCUUAUAUAUGAGUCAAAUUGAGACAAGAUUUAGUAGGCCAGAACAAAACCAAGAUGUUCAACCAGUAACAUGCAAUUUAAGUGUUUUCUCACAAUAA